CUGUGCUAGCUAAAUAUCUAUCUAUACCUAGGUAGGUAUACCACGUACUUGAUUGAUUAGGUUACCUUGCUAUGUGUAUCUCCAUGGUGUAUCUAUCAUUGUGAUAAGCGAGCGAACAUCAGUAAGUUGAUUAUUGUAAAUUUUGUGCAGCUUAUUAUAAUAACUAGUGAAGUUUCCUCGCGCGACGCAACGCUAGGCGCGGCCCGUCAUUUCGUGAGUGAAGGGAAGGUGAAGACGCCAUUUUGUGUAGAGAUCGCAAGGUAUUUUACCAAAUAAGUUUACUGUUCAUACUUUCUAAAAUUAUUAGCAUUUGGAAUAAUGUCUGAAAAUAAUUCAAAAGAACCCCCUUUACAAACUAUGACCGGGUUACCUCCGAACCACAAUCCUUGGAUGUAUGGCUUAUAUCAUCAACAAUACAAUAAUUAUAAUUACCACGGUGGAACGUAUCCGCCUUAUUACAAUCAAUAUAUGAAUCAUAUGAGCAACAAUGGAGGAUUUCCUAACAAUAAUACUCAUCAAUUUCAACACAAUAUGGACACUAAAAAUGAAUUUGGUCACACCCAAUUUUCAAAACCGCCUCCACCAGCUCCUUUGUUAGGCAUGUCUCCAUUGGACACUAGUCGUCCUUUCUUCAAUCAGCCUCCUAUCAGGUUCAAUCUCAAUGCCAAUAAAAAACCUGCUCCAAUUCCUCAAAAUGAAAAUCCCCUGAUGACCAAUAAUGGUAUUUCUAAAAAGAAAAGAAAGAAGGGAAAUAAGUCAUUUGAGGAGGUUCAGAAUACUAGUGUUAGUGAUUCAUUACCUCCGUUGCCAGAUCACCCCCCACCUUUACCACCAUGCCCUCCUCCUGAUCUUCCUAAGCCACCUCCACCUCUUGAUGUCCCUCUCCCUCCACCAUUGGCUACAGAGGAUAUUCCUGAGCCUGCAGAAGAACCCAUUUGUGACCUGAACAAAGAGAAAGAAUCUGAUGAGGCUGUUAGUGAUGAAUCGUCAAAUAUUUUGAAAUCAUCAACAUUAAGCCAGUCAUCAGCAGGAACUUGGCCAGAGAGUUUAGAGAGGUAUAUAAAGAGGUGUUAUGAAAAAUGCAAAACUGGGUUUGAUCGUGACCAAAUUGAUAUAUGUUUAAAGGGUCGUAUUACAGCUGCAGCAAAUAAAGAUGAAAUAUGGACUAGAAAUUGGGAUAACGAGCCAAUCCCCAGUGUACACAGUGAACGGAAUAAUUUAUCAGUUAAAACUGUGAGAGGAUCACUGUCUUUAUACCAGAAGUUUGAGAAUGAGCAAGCAAAAUCAAAAAACAACUUAUCUACAAGAAGUUUUAGUAGCCACAGAAGUCCACCACAGAGAAGACGGCGACAACAUUCAAGGAGUAAAUCCAGAAGUCCUCCUAGGAAGAGAUUGAGUGCAUCAUCAGCCUCUAGUGAUGAAGUAGACGAAAAGAAGACUUUUAAAGGUAAAGGACGCCAAAAAGUUAAAGAUAGAUUACUACUUGAUCAAAAGAAACCAGAAAAGUACAAGAAUUCGAAGAAAAAACAAGUAUACAACCAAUUUGUUGUUGAGGAUGUUCAAGGCAAUGCUGAAAAAUUACAAAAAAGGGCAGAAAGAUUUGGAAAUUCAGGAAAUAUGGUACCCACCAUAGCUAGUUCUAUUCAGCCAAAUAAGAGGCCUGAGCCAAAUCCUAAGAAACUAAUUAUUCAAGAUACUGAAGGAGAAUAUGAAUUGAACAACAUGCAUAUAGUGGGCACAUGUUUAGAUAUUGAAAAAUCAUUUCUGAGGUUAACAAAGGCACCAGAAGCUUGUGAAGUAAGACCUGUGCCUGUUUUAAGAAAUUCCCUUAGAAAUGUUAAGGAGAGAUGGAUAGAUAGACAGGAUUACAGAUAUGCAUGUGAUCAGUUAAAAUCAAUAAGACAAGACUUAACAGUACAAGGUAUAAGAGACAGUUUUACUGUGGAAGUUUAUGAGACCCAUGCCCGCAUUGCCUUAGAGAAAGGUGACCAUGAAGAGUUCAAUCAAUGUCAAACACAGCUCAAGAUGCUUUAUGGUGAAUUACCCGAAAGCAGAACAAAUGCACCAGAAUUCACCGCUUAUAGAAUAUUAUACUACAUAUUUACUAAAAACACAUUAGAUUUGACGACCAUAUUCCAGUUUUUAUCAAAAGAAGACAGAGAAAAUGAAUGUAUCAAACAUGCUUUGCAAACAAGAUGCGCCUGGGCUACAGGCAACCUUCACAAAUUUUUCUUGUUAUAUAAAACUGCUCCACUAAUGGCAGGCUACCUAAUGGAUUGGUUUGUGGAGAGGGAGCGGAAAGUGUAUUUGAAAUACAUCAUAAAGUCCUACAGGCAGUCAAUUCCUGUUGAGUUCAUCAUUCGGGAAUUAGCGUUUGAAACCAACACCAAAUGUGUUGAGUUCUUAAAUCAAUUCCCUCUAAGCUACACCGGCAGUGAUCAAUCUCAAAUCGAUUGCAAGGCCAGCACCCCGGCUGUAGCGAAUAUAUAACAUUUUCUGUUAGAUAGCCGUCCUGUAAUAGUAGCGUGUUGUUGCGUCGUGAUGUAACAAGCAACCGCUGAAACGGAUUUCUCACCCGUGUCAUUUCAUGACACAUGUUCUCGCUUUAAUUUCAUCAGCUUUACUAGGAUGAGGCAGCAAUAUAACAUAACACAUCACAAGUAUUCAAUAGAAGAAAUGUGUUAUUCGUCAGAAGAAAGUUAUUCAAUCAAUCGACAGUGUCAUUUCUUGACACAUGUUAUGACCUUAUUUUCGCCAGCUUUAGUAGGACGAGGCGGCAGUACAGAAAAUACAUCGCAACUUCAGCUAUCCAGUAGAAGAGAUGGGGUAUUCGCCGGAAAGAAGUUGUUCAAUAACAUAAAAGUGCUACACGCUUGGAAGUUUUAGUGUCGACACAUGAUCUAUGAGCAGUGCUAUUAAAGACUUACAGAAGGCUAUUACACGUAUUACGCUAUUAUACUAGUACACGUUAUUAAAUGGAUUUUAGCAUAUUUUUUGUAAAUAUUGUAAUUUUAUUUCUUUAAUUUACCACAAUACAUGCAUGCAGGAUUUCACGUUAAGUGUUAAUAAAUCAUUCUGUUUUAA